AUGGUCUCACUUGGUUUAAAGAGUAAGAGGACGGCGAAGUUAAUUCCUACCGCCGUGCCGUCUGUGCAUGCAAACCACUCUGCCUGCCCUGUCCCGAGGUCGAGAGACACCGUCUGCCGCAAGCGAGAGAUUGCCACGAUGUUGACAGACGCCUCACAGCAGGAGACCGUGGCCAGUGUAGACACUGUGGAGAGUGUCGAUACUGGGGAUCAGCCCUUGCCCUCCUCCACUUCUGACGCUGGGACACAAUGUUAUUUGAAGCCCCCCCGAUGGUCUCACGCUGUGCAGGUUAACCUGAAGCCCAAGAUGGUUAGCGUGGGCACACAGACUUCAAUCAGCCCACAAACCUCCACUCCCCUCGCUAGUCCUGAACAGACAGUUGACGACGAUGAUGAUGAUAAUGCCACUGUCAUCAGUGACUUGUCGUGGGUGCCCGAAGAGCCGAUGGAUGAGGAGGAAUUGUUUGAUGAGGAGCCACCUUACACGUGUGACCCCCACCACAAUUGCAUUGACAAAUUCAUUGUUUGCCAAGAGGAGCUGAUGGGCCUUUUUGCCAUCUGUCCGGCCUGUUGUGAGAGGUCGGAUAGUAGCAUCGUGCAGCAGGAAGGAACUUUUGUUAAGAUCAAGCAGGUACAGUUUUGUUUAUGCAGUUUUGUUUACGUGGCCAUCUGAUUAGAAAAUCUGAAUAUCUAAUUACAAUCUGAUAGCUCUGACUGUCUUGCCAGUUAAUUUACAAUGUAUGUACCAGGCUGGCUUAAGUCUGCUGGUUUGUGAUGCCAUCAUAUUUGAGUGUUAUACUGUAUUGGUCAUGUGUGUUUCAUUGAAAAUAUGAAACCUUUGACCAGUAAUGUACAGUACUUACUCUAUAUUGAAUCCUGAUAUACUGUUGAUUACAAUGUUUUAUU